AUGUUCAAAAGUCAGCUGCUUCUUUUGGCACUAGCCCUGUUCACAGGCAACAGAGGCACUGUCUUGGCAAGAGACGCAUCACCGACAGUGACCCUGGAUUACGCCGCAUAUGAAGGAACAAGAUACGAUAGUGGUGUAAAUGUCUACUUGGGAAUGCGCUUUGCCGCUGCCCCAACUGGUGAUCUAAGGUUCCGAGCACCUCAGGAUCCCGUACGAGAGACGGAUGUUCAGGUUGCUAAGUCGUAUGGUCCCAUAUGCAUCGGCAUAGAUCAGACUCUUUCAUCUGGUCGAAGCGAGGAUUGUCUUUUCGUGAAUAUCUUUACGCCGUCAAAUGCUACUCAAAAGUCCAAGCUGCCAGUCUGGGUCUACAUCCAGGGAGGAGGCUAUGCAACCAACUCUAACGCUGAUUACAAUGGCACAGAGGUUGUUGUCAAAUCUGGACAUCAAAUUGUCUUUGUCAACUUCAACUAUCGUGUCGGCCUUUUUGGGUUCUUGGCAAGCCAAGCAGUUAGAGAGGGUGGUGAUCUGAAUGUUGGCCUUCUUGAUCAGAGAAAGCUGUUGCUGUGGGUGAAAAAACACAUCGCACAGUUUGGCGGUGAUCCAGAUCAUGUGGUUAUUCAUGGAACUUCGGCUGGUGCCGGCUCAGUUUCUUAUCAUCUAGCAGCAUACGGGGGACGAAACGAUCAUCUAUUUGUUGGGGCUAUCGCUCAGUCACCAUUUUGGCCUACCGCCCCCUUGGUCAAGGAGAUGGAAUUUCAAUAUCAGGAUGUCCUUGACAGCACCGGGUGCAGCACAUCCAAUGACUCUCUAUCCUGCCUCCGAAGACUCGACGCCAGUGUGCUCUUGCCGCUAAAUACUGCGGCGGUGUUUCCAGGCGCUGCUGGUGUGGCACGAUGGUAUUGGCUACCAGUGAAGGAUGGAGAUCUGAUCCAAGAUAAUAAAUGGGAUAUGUUCAAUGGUGGUCAUUUCAUCCAAGUGCCGCUGAUAGUAGCGACAGAUAACAACGAGGGAUCAAAUUUCUCGCCAAAUGCAAGCACGAGUGCCGAUGUCGAGGUCUACUUUGACAACAACUAUCCCAAACUCAAUGAGACGCAGCUAGAGACGAUCAUUGGCAUGUACCCGCUGAUGCCACCGGUGCCGAAACACAGCGCCUGGUUCCCAUCGGCCUCAGCAGCUUAUGGUGACGCGACAUUCCUGUGUCCAGGAAACUCACUGGCGACGAACAUGGCGCGGUAUCUAUCCCCAAAGAAGGUCUGGCAAUAUCGGUGUUACAUCACAAACGCCGCCAACAGGGCUAACGGUGUUGGUACAACACACACCUUCGAGCAGCCAGCAAUCCUGGGUACAAGUCUUAGGAGUUCGGUUGACGCGACGUGGUUCAAUGAGAACGCGGCGAGUGUCCCACUUACGAUGCAUUACUACAUCAGCUUCAUCAAGGCAUUGAACCCCAACACCUAUCGCUACAAAGGAGCAGCUGUGUGGGAACCGUGGGGUUCAGAGGAGGGCAAGCGACUGCACCUGGAAACCAACGGAACACACAUGGAAGAUGUACCGCAAAACAUGGCCAGGGCCUGUGAAAUGUGGAAUGACUUUUCGAAAAUCAUGGAGGUGUAA